CACACAAGGAAUUUGUCUCCGGUAGUUGCAGCAGUGGAGUGGUCCUUACUGCACACACGCACCCUCCUUGUACGAAUGUGUGCAUCUGCGUCUGAGGGUCUUCGCUGGAGUAAGCCCACACACUGCGCGGCGCGUGCGGGGCGGUGAUGCCUCCACAAGCGCAUCACAGGACGACAAAAGCCCUCCGCUAUAGACGCAGCGUUUGCUUGACUCUCAGGAGAAGAAGAAGAAGAAGCAGGGAAGCCUUCUCUUGAUCGUCUUUGGAGCAAUGUAGUGGAGAAGAGGACGGGGGGGCGGGGGGGGGGCUUCUCCACCGGUGCAGGCGGGAGGUGGCGGAGACGACCGCGGCCGCUCGAGGAGCACCGCCGCACGGAUAUGAGCGCCCUCAAAGUGCAGGCGUUAGUUUAAUUUGAGGAUGGAGCCCGCGGAGGUGUUGGUGUUCGCCUCGGUGCUGGCCAUCAUCGUGGUGUCGCUGCUGUCCAACGUCCUGGUGCUGAUCUGCUUCGUGUACAGCCCCGAGAUCCGCAAGCAGGCUCCGGGGCUCUUCAACCUCAACCUGACCUUCUGCAACCUGUUGCUCACCGUGGCCAACAUGCCGCUGACGCUGGCCGCCCUGGCGAGCCGCGCUCAGCCGGGCGGCGACGCCUUGUGCCAGGCGGCCGGCUUCCUGGAGACCUUCCUGUCCACCAACUCCAUGCUGAGCAUGGCGGCGCUCAGCAUAGACCGCUGGGUCGCGGUGGUCUUCCCGCUGCGCUACCACUCCAAGAUGCGCCACCGGGACGCCGCCUUGGUGCUGGGCUACACCUGGGCGCACUCCAUCGGCUUCUCCAUGGCCGCCACCUGCCUGUCGUGGCUGGGCUACCACCGCCUGUACGCCGCCUGCACCCUGGCGGCGCCGAGGGACCGGGCGAGCGGCCGGACGCAGUUCGUGGUCUUCACGGUCCUCUUCCACUCGUUCACCUUCCUGCUGUCGUUCGUCGUGCUGUGCGUCACUUACCUCAAAGUGCUCAAAGUGGCCCGCUUCCACUGCAGGAGGAUAGACGUCAUCACCAUGCAAACCCUCGUGCUGCUGGUCGACAUCCACCCAAGUGUUCGACAGCGCUGCCUGGAGGAGCAGAGGCGGCGGCGGCAACGAGCCACCAGGAAGAUCAGCACCUUCAUCGGCACCUUCAUGCUCUGCUUCGCUCCCUACGUCAUCACGAGGAUCGUGGAGUUGUUCCCGGCGGUGCCCAUCAGCCCCCACUGGGGUACGGUGUCCAAGUGCUUGGCGUACAGCAAGGCGGCGUGCGACCCCUUCGUGUACUCGCUACUGCGCCACCAGUACCGCAAGACGUGCGGCGACAUCGUGGACCGGCUGCUCAAACGCAGCCGCUCCUUGAACGAGUCGGGGCGGGGCCUCGGGGGCCGAGGCGGCGCUUUGCCCAGGGCGGAGUGAGCGGAGGGGUUGCCGUGACGACCAUCCGGGGGGGAAUCGGCUUGGGAAGCGCCGCGGAUUAAGCGCGGGUGCGCAACCGCCUCGUGGGGUCGGAGAGUAGCUGGACUGGAUCUUACAGCACAUUACUACAGUGAGUUAUUGAAAGAAGAGUGGUAUGUAGCACUCAACACUCAUGAUCCCGUAAUUGUACUCCAGUGAAUCUUAAUCCAGAUUAUUUCAGGUACCAAGACUUUUAUUCCUCUACAAGUGGAUGGUAUACUACAAUUCUGCUUAUUUUAUGCUUCCACGGACUGUGGCUUUGUGUUGGGCUGAUUGGACUCAUUCUGGGCCUUCAGGUAGUUUUUAUUCGUCGACACAAAGGUGAAGACUUCAAGAAAGAUCAUCCGUAAAACCAAAUGCAGACCUUUGUUGUCCUGUUGGGUGGAGGGCAGGGGUCACCAACAGGCAGCCCCCUAGGACCACAUGAGUAGCAUGCAGGCCUGUUCUAAAAAUAGCUCGGCAGUGAUGGGACGUUGUGAUUUCCUAGGAAUGGUGUUGAAGUGGUCAUUUGAAAAUGUCAACACUAGCAAAGAUUUAUAGAAAUACACAGUUGCAUAUUGAUAGUUAUUUUUCCUAUCUUGUUGAAAUCAUUGUUGAUAAUUAUUGUGAUAACUCAUUGACAUGAUCAGUGUCUUCACUUAGAUGAAUAUCAUUUGUUACUGAAUAUAACAUAUACUGUAGUUAAAGUUAAUUAGAGCAAAUGUGUUAUUACAGAAGUGUGUAUCAAGCUGGCUCUCCGUUUCGCAAAGGUCACUGACCCCUGGUGUGGGGUAAUAGUCAUAAUCAUAAUAAAUUCAAUUUAUACAACGCUUUACGUAUUACACAACACAAAACUAAACAAAACAGAGGACUGACUAACAACACUUAAAGGUGGCAAACUAUUGGCCAAAGGCCUUGGCAAACAGGGGCACAAUACAAUAAAACAAAGUGUAGGGAGGAAGCUGUUUCAUACAAAUAAAGAAACAGUGGACCCCUGCAUACUUGCGAUUGGGCUCCUGCGGCUUCACCUAUUUGCAGAUUCGAAAAAAAUACAUGAU